AUGCGGAUGCACCAGCUAAACGAAACACAGGUGAUGGCGGUGACCAAGGAACUCACAGACAUGACUAUUGGAUCGAAGCUGCUGCAGCAGGUCCGCUCCAACAUCAAGCUCAAGCGGGCGACCGGUUCGUACCAGGGUCUUAGACACGCCAUGGGACUGCCUGUGCACGGUCAACGUACCAAGUACAACGCCCGCACUGCCAGACGCACGGUUAUGCGCACCACGAUAGAAAUCGAGGGUGAGGAGAAGUUGAGCCGUCUGCCCGCCAUUCUGAUCUCCAAUCACCAGUCGGAGCUCGACAUAUUUAUGCUCGCCAGAAUUUUCCCCAAACGCUGUGUCGUGACAGCCAAGAAACAGCUUCAAUUGGUGCCGUUUCUGGGCUGGUUCAUGACUCUGUCGGGCACCUUUUUCCUGGACAGAUCGGACCGCGAGAAGGCCAUCCGUGUGCUCAAUAAGGCUCUUGAGGAUCUCAAGGCCACCAGCGGCGGCCUGUUUAUGUUCCCCGAGGGAACCAGAUCGUACUCCCUGAGACCUACCCUGCUACCAUUCAAGAAAGGAGCGUUCCAUCUAGCGGUCCAGGCGCAAAUCCCGAUUAUUCCGCUUGUUGUUUCCAACACCUCCAACAUUUACAGUCUGAGGGAAAGAAACUUCAACUCGGGAACAAUCAAGGUCAAGGUUCUUGAUCCGAUCAGCACCGAGGGGCUCACUAAGGACGACGUCCACAAGCUCGUGGAGACCACCUACGCAAAAAUGGAGGCCGAGAUCCGCAGAAUCGGCAUGAGCGUGGUUGCGGGCGACGUUUCUGGGGAGUCCGAGGCGCUUCUUUCCCAGGAAGUUCAAUAG